GCAUAGAAAAAAGAAGGGGAAUAUUGAUAUAUAUUAGAGGGUAUUGAUAUAUAUUAUGAUCUGAUGUGCUUUCUUGGUAUCCUAAAUAUAAGAUUAAUACUUCAAGUUGCUGAGUUGAGAAAGAGAUGGUUGAAUCAAAAGAAUUCCUUUUUUUAAGUUCAAUUUUUAUCAGAGGACAAUAUGAAUAUUAUACCUUGUUCCAUUAAAACACUCAAUGGGUUAUACGAUAUAUCAGGUGUAGAAGUAGGCCAACACUUCUAUUGGCAAAUAGGAUGUUUCCAAAUUCAUGCCCAAGUACUCAUCACUUCUUGGGUCGUAAUUACUAUCUUGCUAGGUUCAGUUGUCAUAGCUGUUCGGAAUCCACAAACCAUCCUGACUGACAGUCAGAAAUUUUUGGAAUAUGUCCUUGUGUUUAUUCGAGACUUGAGCAAAACUCAGAUUGGAGAAGAAUAUGGUGCCUGGGUUCCCUUUAUUGGAACUAUGUUCCUUUUUAUUUUUGUUUCAAUUUGGUCGGGUGCUCUUUUACCUUGGAAAAUUAUAGAGUUACCCCAUGGGGAAUUAGCAGCGCCCACGAAUGAUAUAAAUACUACUGUUGCUUUAGCUUUACUCACGUCAGCGGCAUACUUUUAUGUUGGUCUUAGCAAAAAAGGAUUGAGCUAUUUCAAGAAAUAUAUUAAACCAACUCCAAUCCUUUUACCAAUUAACAUCCUAGAAGAUUUCACAAAACUAUUAUCGCUUAGCUUUCGACUUUUCGGGAAUAUGUUGGCGGAUGAAUUAGUCGUUGUUGUCCUUGUUUCUUUAGUCCCCUUAGUAAUCCCUAUACCGGUCAUGUUUCUUGGAUUAUUUACAAGCAGUAUUCGAGCUCUUAUUUUUGCAACAUUAGCCGCAACCAAUAUAGGUGAAUCCAUGGAGGGUCAUCAUUGA